AUGACUGAUAUACAACUUGAAUUGAUGACUGAUGUGGACAUGUUUCAAUUCAUUGAAAAACGCCUGCGCGGUGGUAUUUCUUAUAUUGCUCAGAGACAUGGAAAAGCAAAUAAUAAGUAUAUGAGUGGUUAUGAUAGCACCGAACCAUCAAAACAUAUUAAGUAUUUAGAUACAAAUGAUUUGUGUGGUUGGGCCAUAUCACAAUAUCUUCCAACAGGUGGAUUCAGAUGGUUGGCUGAAAAACAGAUAGACAAAUUGAUGAAAGAAGAUUAUAUUCAUCCAGAUGGUGACAAAAGAUAUACAUUUGAAGUUGAUCUUGAAUACCCAGGAGAAUUGCAUGAAUUGCAUAAUGACUAUCCUGUUGCUGCGGAAAAGAUGAAAGUUUCACCAGAUAUGCUAUCACCAUAUUGUAAAAUGAUAAAAGAGAAAUAUGGAAUAAGUAUCGGACAGGUAGCAAAGCUUAUCCCAACAAAUAAUACUAAUAUAAUCGGAAGUGACCAUGAGUGCCACUAA